AUGCUGCGGCCAGGCUAUUCCAUCAGGAAAGAUUGGGUGAAUGGGCCCAACUCCGUUUUUCGAUCAGUUUUAGGUGCCUUUCUUAAUCAGAGUUAUGAAGCGGACUACGACGCUUUCUACUUCAUGGAGAUUGAUGCCGUGCCCGUCAAGGAGUUGUGGUUGAACCAGCUGAUUGCCGAGGCUUUCUAUUACCCUCGGGCCGCCAUCCGUGGAAGUCGCUACCGAGGUGAUGGAUGGGAUGUUUUUCUUCAGCAGAUGCCCGACGACUUGAUCAUGCACAUAAAUGGCAACGCGAUUUACAACCUCCGGCAUCCUUGGCUUCGGUGGCUCUAUGAACGCCUCGAGGAGGAGAAAGAUUCGGAUAACAACACCGUUGCCUUCGAUUUGCGCAUGGCAAAUUUGACCAUGGAUGCGAAGACAGGGGCGGUCCCCGAGUAUGCAGAUGCAUACGAUGCGCUCGUACCUGCCGGGGAAGACCCGUAUGCGUCCGACUCCACAUUGAUCGGAAACUAUGCCAACACACUGCUCAACGAGAGCUACGAGCUGGGCGUUUAUGUGCGGCACGGGCAGCUCGACAAAAAGGGCUGCAACAUUCUUGGUGCCAGGAUUUCAGCAUGA